UUAUAUUUUCUCCGGUCCAAAUACACGGAGUCGGAUCUAACAAAACACUACACUGCAAUCAUCUUGUUAUGGUUACAUCUCGCAUCCUUCAUUAGAAUCCUUUCAUUUUUUCACUCGAUCGCAGAGAGGUAGAUCACAGAUUCUUCUUAACUGUUUCAUAUCUCCAGCAUCCUCACUCAUGACUCAAACACGCACCACCUCCUCUUCGUUUCCAGUUGAAGACUCUGAUAACCACCAGAUCUGAUCCGUGAAAUUCACCGGACACAGAAAGAUAGAGAUUUCAGUUGAUGGCUGGGGCAGUUUCUGCUCUGUUUCUCUUAGAUAUAAAGGGGCGCGUUCUGGUGUGGCGCGACUACCGUGGAGAUGUCUCCGCCGUUCAAGCCGAACGCUUCUUCACCAAGCUCAUCGAAAAAGAGGGAGAUCCGCACUCUCAAGAUCCGGUUGUGUACGACAAUGGAGUCUCUUACAUGUUUAUACAGCACAGUAACGUUUACUUAAUGACUGCGUCGAGGCAGAACUGCAAUGCUGCUGGUCUCCUCUCCUUCCUCCACCGCGUAGUUGAUGUUUUUAAGCACUAUUUCGAAGAAUUAGAAGAGGAAUCGCUUAGGGAUAACUUUGUGGUAGUGUAUGAGUUACUUGAUGAAAUGAUGGACUUUGGCUACCCUCAGUACACGGAAGCAAAAAUUCUUAGUGAAUUUAUCAAGACUGAUGCGUACAGGAUGGAAACUAAUCAGAGGCCUCCCAUGGCUGUCACUAAUGCUGUUUCUUGGCGCAGUGAAGGGAUAUUUUACAAGAAGAAUGAAGUUUUCUUGGAUGUCGUGGAGAGUGUUAAUAUUCUUGUCAAUAGCAACGGACAAGUAAUUAGGUCAGAUGUUGUUGGGGCGCUGAAGAUGAGAACUUAUUUGAGUGGCAUGCCUGAAUGCAAGCUUGGCCUGAAUGAUAGAGUAUUAUUAGAGGCCCAAGGCCGUGCAACAAAGGGAAAGGCCAUUGAUUUGGAGGACAUCAAAUUUCAUCAGUGUGUGCGUUUGGCUCGAUUUGAGAAUGAUCGGACAAUAUCCUUCAUACCACCUGAUGGGGCUUUUGAUCUGAUGACAUAUAGACUCAGCACUCAGGUUAAGCCUCUGAUUUGGGUGGAAGCUCAAGUUGAAAGGCAUUCAAGAAGUCGUGUUGAGAUCAUGGUAAAAGCUAGGAGUCAGUUCAAGGAGCGCAGCACUGCAACAAAUGUUGAGAUUGAGUUGCCGGUACCAACUGAUGCUUCCAAUCCUAAUGUUCGGACAUCCAUGGGAUCUGCAUCAUAUGCACCUGAAAAUGAUGCAUUAAUGUGGAAAAUUAAAUCUUUUCCUGGUGGAAAGGAGUACAUGUUGAGGGCAGAGUUCAGUCUUCCAAGCAUAACUGCUGAAGAAGGAGCUCCUGAGAGAAAGGCUCCAAUUCGUGUGAAGUUUGAGAUUCCAUAUUUUACUGUUUCAGGAAUACAGGUUCGAUACCUGAAGAUUAUUGAGAAAAGUGGCUACCAGGCUCUUCCAUGGGUGAGAUAUAUAACUAUGGCUGGUGAGUACGAGCUUAGGCUUAUUUGAAACUGCUUCAUCAACUGGCAUUGUGGAUCUACAAGUUUAUCUUUAAGGUGGAAUAUCAGAGGAAACAAGAAUCCAUGGAUAAACAAGGUGCCAUGGGAAGCCAGUUUUCUUGGUCAAAUUGUUUGCAAGGAUACCUUUUAUUCUUUAUAUCUUCCUACUUUUUGUUUGUGUAUCAUUGUUGUAUUAUCUAAUGGCUCUGUAUGCUAGCAAUCUUAUUUCAAUUACUUUCUUGUUCAAAUUAUACAUGACUCGAGCCUGUAUUUGAUUUAAAAAUGUGAACUUAGAGAAGUGGGCAGGUCAAUGGUGGCUUGGAAGGAUAGGCUAAGCUAUUAUUUUA